CCGCCAAGACAUUCUCCACUUAUACGGGAUCACUUUUCACUUCUUCGGUUUUUUAAAAAUUUAAAAAUUCAAUUGUUUUAGUAAAUACGUGUAAUCAAAAACCUGUCUUCCGUGAAAAAACCUAACAAAAAAAAACAAAUGAACUCCCCAUAGUGUAUAUCAAAUUGAAUUAUUUCUCAUCUUCUGGACGAAUCGAUUGUGUGUCCAAUAACAAAACUAACUGAAAGAAAAACAAAAGAUGUGCAGCACAGAAAAAUUGUCGGAAGCAGAUGCAAAUCUUCCAUACUUCCACGGAGCUCUGAUGAAUAUCGAUGCAGAUCAACUACUUGUUAAUGAAGGGGAUUUUAUGGUGACGAUGAAGAAGCAGCUGGACAUUAACAAAUUGCAACUCUUCUUGGCAGUGCGAUUGAAGAAAGGAAUCAGGAGAUACGAGAUCAAGAGAACAAGCAAGACGGCGAAGAUCGGUGGAAAAACUUCUCAGAACAUCGUGAAGCUAAUCAAUAUGUUGAAAGCUGAUCCGAUAGAGAUUCGAGGAGAGAAGGUCGUCUUGAAGCGUGCCAUUCCAAAAGGAAAGUUCCAAUUGAUGCAUAAGGAUGUGAUUUUCCAGAAGAAAAUCGGAGCAGGCGCCUAUGGAACGGUGUAUCGUGGAAAACUCGUGAAGACGGAUGAAGUCAUUGCAGUGAAGAAGCUCGAUCCAGAGGGAGCCGACGAGGAUGGUUUAGCUGAAAUGAUGAAAGAAGCCCGAGUGAUGCAGCUCUAUGACCAUCCGAACAUCGUCAAAUUUCACGGCUUCAUCUUGGACGAUCUUCCGUAUCUUCUCGUGCUGGAGUACUGUAAUGGUGGAGCUGUUGAGGAUCGGCUGAGAGAUAAGGGAGAGAAAAUAAAAGUUCCGACACGCGUCAAGUACACCUACAUGGCUGCUUGUGGCAUGGAUUACCUGCACAAAAAGAACUGUAUCCAUCGUGAUAUCGCGUCGCGAAACUGCCUCAUUCACAAGGGAGUCGUCAAGAUGGCUGACUUUGGAAUGUGCCGAGCCCAAUCCGUCUACAAAGUUGAUCUUAAAAAGCCAUGCAACAUCCGAUGGCUGGCUCCCGAGGUUUGGGACAACGGGGAAACGCGUUUCAACACUGACGUCUACGCGUUUGGAAUCAUGAUGUGGGAGUUUUUCGAGACCCCAUUCAAGUCGCCAUAUGUUGAGAUGAAAGCUGCUCAAGUCAAGCGCAAAACCCGAGCCGGAUAUCGCCUCCCUCCACCACCAUCAAUGCCGAGUAGAAUGGUGGAAAUCAUGAGCGAGUGCUGGCAAGUAGAUGCUGAAAAACGACCAACCGCUGAAGAGUUGAAGGAAAAGCUGGAAGAGUUCAAGAAGAAAACGGAAAACUCCAUCACUACUUCGGCACCACCUACAAGUGUGGAAAAAUCGAAAUUGUCCGUGUCGUCAGAGCCAACCACGAAGUCUGUGGAUCCGAAUAAAUCUAGACUGUAAAUGUAAAUAAAUCUUUGGCUGCGAAAGUUUUUAUGGGAAAUGUACGAAAUUAGCCGCAAUAUUUGAAAUUAUGGUGAGAAAUUGUGACAAUUGAUAAAUUAGAGUGAAAGGAAA